AUGGGCACCGCGCCCGGCUUCAGUUGCGGGGGGUUGCAGCUGUGUGUGCAGUGGCCUCCCGGCGACCUGACGUGCCUGUGGGUGGUCAAGUCGGGUGUGACAUUUCAGAUUUGUCGAACCAGCCGGAGUCAAAAAAGAGGAUCCCUGGCCUCGCUGAUGUUCGAGGAUGACCGCGGACGGCAUGGCCAAGUGAACUUCAAGAGGCGCCACGUUGACGGAGAGGUUGAGCUGACGAACGAUGGGGGCAGGACGUGGCUGGCGUUCAGGCUGUUGCGCCCUCCGUUUCUGAACGGCGAACCGGAGCGCAAGGAAUCAGCCUCGACUCUCUUCGAUCUGGAGUCCAUCCUUUCCGUUUUCGGAGAAAUAUUUCGCAAUGGAAGCCUUUGGGAGCUGGACGGCGGGUUUGACAGGAGGAUGCCCGAGAAGCUCGGGCGCGUCGGAGACAUGUCCCCGAACGGCGCCUUCGGGCGGUGCCUUGUCUACCGCAUCGACGUCUCCGACCUGUUGGAGGACAAGAGCGAGCGAGCAAGGCUAUUCCAGGAGCUCUUUGCGUUCCGCCUCUGCACCGAGCCUCGCCCCCGGCAAGACCACCUUCUAUCUCCCGUCCGCGUCCACACGUACGCCUCAGGGCAACCGCUGAACGGCUGGGACAACCUGCCGGAGUACAGCAGGUUGCCGUAUAGCGUCAAGUUCCUCAUCGAGUGCCUGACGUCCAGCCUCAAGAUCGACGCUUUCGGUGUGGACAAAGAGGCGGUGUCCCUCCUCGCGAUGGCGGGUGAAGAGAGGGCCUGCCUGGCCCUAAGGUAA